AUGAGCUCACUCGAGAAUCCAAACUCAAUUUGCUCUUUUGGCUACGUGUGGACGAUCAUCAUCAUGUUCUCGGCAUCGGCUAGAGCUUUCUCAUUGGCAGCCACUCGUCCGGCGGCAAGGUUUCCUUACCUCGUUGCUCGUAUGAGCAGUGCUGGGGAACCAGAUACAACGAUUGUAGAUGUCUGCAAGCAGAAGAUUGAAGAUGCCUUGGGCCCUGAUAAGGUGGAAGUAACAGGUGCCUACGAUGACCCUAAUGGUUCCCAUAUCUCAGUGAUUGUGGUGUCUGACAAGUUUGAGGGCAAGAGAGCAGUACAAAGACAGCAAAUGGUCUACAAGGCACUGUGGGAAGAAUUGAAAGGGCCUGUGCAUGCCGUGGACUCCAUGAUAUGCAAGACACCUGAUGAGGCAUAA